AUGUCUCUCUCUGGUGCCACUUCUGGGGCCCUGCUCUUCUCUGGAGCUACUUUAAUUGUAUCCUUAUUUGCUGUUGCGUCAAUUUACUCUCAAGUAACGUCAAUUUGGAAUGAGCUCGACAAUGAAAUGGAUAGUUUCAAGUCCUUAACUAAUGAUCUUUGGACUGAUAUGGUAAAGCUUGGUGCUGGAUCAGCCAGUAACCGUGUGAGACGUCAGAGUUACGGUGGAUACGGAGCCAGUGGUGUCCAACCACCAGCAGCUCCAGAAUUCCCUGGAACUGGAGACUACAACGGGCCAAAUCCUCAAUCUAACCCAACUCCUAACUUCCCCUUCGGGGGUGCUUCUGGCAAUCCAGGUGGACCACGUUGUCAAUGCUCUUUGACUAACAGCUGUCCUGCUGGCGCUGCUGGUCCAGUUGGAGAAACUGGUCCUGAUGGAGAAGAUGGUCUUGACGGCAUUGAUGGAUAUGAUGGAGAAGAUGCUGAAAAUGUGCUCAAUUCUGCUACUUCUGGAUGCUUCACUUGCCCACAAGGUCUUCCAGGACCACAGGGACCAUCCGGCUCUCCAGGAAUCCGUGGAAUGCGCGGAGCCAGAGGCCAGCCAGGAUUCCCAGGACGUGAUGGAAACCCAGGAAUGCCAGGAGAAAUGGGACCACCAGGAGCACCAGGAGCAGAUGGGAAGGUGGGAACUCCAGGAGAAAAAGGAGAUGAUGCCGAGAAGCCCAUCGGACGUCAAGGGCCACGCGGUUCUCCUGGUGAUGUCGGAGCAGAAGGAGCUGAAGGAAAUCCAGGACGUGAUGCUUAUCCAGGUCAACCAGGACCAGUUGGAGAACCAGGACAACAAGGAUAUCAAGGAGCUGCUGGACCAGACGGUGAAGAAGGAGCACCAGGAUCCCGUGGAACUCCAGGAAAAGAUGCCGAAUACUGUAAAUGCCCAGAAAGAGAAGCUUCUCCUCCUGGAUACAGAUACAGAAAAGUUAAGAGAACUCAUUAA